ACUAAUUGAAUCCUCUUCCUUUCCCGAAGUCUCUCCACCGCCCCCGUUGAGAGUCGCCACCAACCGCCCGGAUCUGGUCCCUCUCUCCGCCGGCGCUCGCGUUGGUCGAUGUAGAGCUGGAUUGGGAUGCCAGUUCCCCUUGUACAGCAGUAGAUGUAGGUUUAGAUGUAGAGCUGGGCGUGGUAUCGUGUUUGCUCAUGUGGCGUAUGGCGUGAUGCCGCUCUGGAGCUUGUCCUCGGCGCCGGCGAGCGGUGCUGAGGUGUGGAAGACCACGCUUGCCUGUCGACGUCCGUGGAGGGCGGCGGCGGAGGUCGAGGCUAGCCGGAGCUCCUUCCCCAAUAAGCUCGCGGUCGUUGUCCCUGAUCUGGAGGAUCGCCAGAGCCUCGUUCCGUUCUUCCCUUGCUGUCGUGGUGGUGGUAAGGAAGAGGGGAUGAGGUGGACAUCAAGAUCCUGCCGAUUUGGGUUGGAGCAAAUCCUCACUGGUGGAUGGUGCGGACUGAUGGCGCCUGCUAAGCUUGGCUGUGGCGGCCGUAGACCUGUUAUGGAGCCGGCUUAUUGCGGUCGAUGGCCUGGUUCUCGUGCAUCGCCAGUGACCUUUCUGGCUGAAGGGCAACCUACUAUUUCCUCCUGGCCAGGAUGCCAUAUGGCAGGCAGUUGCACCUUCGUCUCGGAGUUCAUGGAGUGCUGCUGCAACCAUGAAGUCGUCGCCGCCCCAAGUGGUCCGUCCCCGGUGACGGCGAAGCUCGAUCUGAGGGGAAGCUGUGUUGGACCCAAUUGCAGUUCUAUCUUAUAGUCUGGGGUCCUCCUUGUUAAAGUCAGGGACCUGUGUGUAAUUUCUCUUUCUUUUGAGUCCUUAUCUGAGCUUUGUACUGUAAUGACCAGGAAUCAAUGAAGCUCUCUAGGUCCUUUGGGACCUAGUUUCUGUUCCAAAAAAAAGGUUCUAGAGUACG